AUGACGUCAGGGCAUGAUAUGAACGCGGACUUUGAGAUCGUCCAAGAGAACUGCACCAAGAUGAUCAAGUCGGCCGAAGAACGUCAUCAGCGGCUUGCGGCGUGCCUCACUGACCAGCAGCGGGAAGCAUCCGAAGCCGAGCAGCAGACUGGCGCCGAACGGACGCAGCUGAACACAAAGGUUCGGCAAAUCACCUCGGAAAAACAGAAGGCUAUUGACGAAGUCCGAAAACUGAGAGAGCAAAACGUGCUCUUCCAACAACGCCUGGAUGCCAUCAAUUCGGAUUGCCAGAAUCAUGUCACGCGGGGCGAAGUCCAAAUGACAUUAAAGGAACCGCAUAGCCUCUCGUCAACAGGGACAGACCAGAUUGGUACAAAGAUGAACGAGUCCCAAGAGUCCCAAUAUAUGUACUUCGGUACCUGCUUAACCGGGUCCGACGUGGCCCAAGAGCCCUGGACCGCGCCAAACGGCCAAUUUACCAUAUUGGAAAAUUGUCUUCUACCGAAGAGCACGGGGCCGCUGUUUGAUGCAUCGAACGCUCAAAACCUGUCCCAUUUUGACACAUACGAAAUGAUUUAG